AAAAAGGAAAUUAAAGAACGGCUACUUGGGACCACCACUUUCUUCUUUUCUCCUCAAUUCCUUGCAAGAAAUUCAAUCAUUUGUCAACUUUCUUGCUAAUGAUCCUUUUAUUUUUCCACUAAAUAAAAAUGAACCCCAUUGUCCCUUUAAACUCUCCAUAGUACACAGGCUACAUUGUUAAAGCUGUGAUGAUGGUGAAGAAGCUCUGCUGCUUUCAGUCAUUUGCUCUUUGUAGUCUCCUCUUAGCUGUUGUUGUUUCCUCCAAGUACCAUGGAAAUUCUGCGAAUGACCUUGUUGAUAUCAUCAACAAGAAUAGAACUACUCAAAAGCUUCCUCAACUUAGUAAUAGUCCUGGACUUGGGUGCAUAGCCUUACAAUAUGCAGAGGAAUGUAUGGGGAAUUGCACUUCUAACAGCAGUGUAAAUUGUCAGCCUCCAGAAGACGACUUCACUGAAGUUUUUGCACCAAACUGUGGCGUCGAGCUACCCACUUUUGGGACCAUAUCUGGCUACAUACUCGGCUGUCAACAAAAGUAUCUUGAGCCAUCGGAAGCCUUCUCAAAUGCACUUGUGCAUGACAAAAGGACUCUUUCUCUUUUGAGGAAUAAAACUCAUACUGAAGUUGGAGUUGGUAUUAUCAAAGCUCACAAGCACAAAGGACCUUACUUAUGGUGUGUUCUGUUUAGUAGUAGCCAGAGAAAUACCACAUUCGUACUUAAUGAUCUUGGUGAAGGGAUUAAGCAGAAGAAAGGGUGUUAUAGUGGAACCAGCUUCCCUUGCAGCAGAGCACACAGAGACAAAGGUCUUUUAUCGAACAAAAUUUGGAUUUUUGUUUUGUUCUGUAUUAUCUACUUUCAACAAUUCCUUUUCAAACUUUUCUGACAGUACAAUAUAUCUACUCAGCUAAAAUUUUGUCAUGCAUUCUGCUGAAUCAACCUUGGAAAACCAUUCAUGAUGCUGACUUUG